CUCUCUAUAGUUCACCUGCGGCAGUAUGUCUGGCCGUGGUAAAGGCGGCAAGGGGCUCGGCAAGGGUGGCGCCAAGCGCCACCGCAAGGUGCUGCGCGACAACAUCCAGGGCAUCACCAAGCCGGCUAUCCGCCGCCUGGCUCGGCGCGGCGGUGUCAAGCGCAUCUCGGGGCUUAUCUAUGAAGAGACGCGCGGUGUGCUGAAGGUGUUCCUGGAGAACGUGAUCCGCGACGCCGUCACCUACACUGAGCACGCCAAGAGGAAGACUGUCACAGCCAUGGACGUGGUCUACGCCCUUAAGCGCCAGGGUCGCACUCUCUACGGCUUUGGCGGUUAAACUUAAACGUUGUUCUAACUCACACUGUUUUAAACACCAAGGCUCUUUUCAGAGCCACCCACAAAUCUCACGAUUAGAGCUGUUAUUACUAAUCCUGUAUCUGUAUAUGCAAAGUUAUUAAAAUGCUAAAAAAGCUAACGGGUAGGAAUGUAUUAGGUGA